AUGUCGGACUACGAGGAUGACAUGGACAUUGAUGCGCCCGCGAGCAAAGGCGACAUCGAGUUCAGCUCUGGCAGCGCAGUGAAGGGAAAGCGGAGUGCCGCUAACUUGCCCGUCGAGGCCGAGGACUCUCUACCAUGGGUUGAGAAAUACCGACCAAACACCCUGGACGAUGUCUCGGGUCACCAAGAUAUUCUGACUACGAUCAAUAAAUUCGUCGACUCCAACCGACUCCCUCACCUUCUUCUUUACGGUCCCCCUGGUACUGGCAAGACUUCCACAGUUCUAGCCUUAGCACGACGAAUAUAUGGCAACAAGAAUAUGAGGCAGAUGGUGCUAGAACUCAACGCCAGUGACGAUAGAGGUAUCGACGUUGUUAGGGAGCAAAUCAAGACUUUCAGUAGCACAAAACAGAUAUUCUCAAUGACCGCCUCGAGUCAUUCGUCCGCGAUAGCCUCCUACAAGCUCAUCAUUCUCGAUGAGGCCGACGCCAUGACCUCAACAGCCCAGAUGGCUCUAAGACGAAUCAUGGAGAAAUACACUGCGAACACUCGAUUCUGCAUCAUUGCCAAUUACACGCACAAGCUGUCCCCCGCGCUCCUGUCGCGAUGUACCAGGUUUCGCUUCAGCCCCCUGAAAGAGCCAGAUAUUCGGCGGCUAGUGGACAAGGUUAUAGAUGAAGAGGACAUCAGGAUCGAAGCACCAGCCGUAGAAAGCCUUGUCCGACUGAGUAAAGGAGACAUGCGAAGGGCCUUGAAUGUACUUCAAGCAUGUCAUGCGAGCAGUACGCCCCUACGAGCCCCCGGAGAACCCAAACCGGACCCCAAGACUAUCGAAAGAGAUCUCAUCACCGAGACUACGAUAUACGACUGUAUUGCCGCGCCGCAUCCCGAAGACAUAAAAUCAAUAAGGGAGCUUCUACUGAAUACUUCAGAUGUGAAAGCCUGUCUGCUGAAGAUCAGUCGACUAAAGGCGAACAAAGGUCUAGCACUUGCCGACAUCUUGACCGCGCUAGGCGAUGACUUGUCGAAGUGGGAAGUACCGCCUCAAACUAGAGUCGCCUGGAUAGAGGGUCUGUCCGAAAUUGAAUAUAGAUUAAGCGGCGGCGGGAAUGAGACAGUACAAACGGGCGCAGUCAUAGGCGUGGUUAGGACAGGGGUAGAACUGAUGGACCAGAAAGGCAAAAAAUAA